GCAGCCGCACGCGGCCCCGAGUGUGCGGCGCGGCGGGCGCGGGGCGCGAUGUACCUCCGCAGGGCGGUCUCCCGGACGCUGGCGCUGCCCCUCAGGGCGCCCCCCGGGCCCGCGCCGCUGCGCAAGGACGCAUCUCUUCGCUGGAUGACGUCUAACAAAUUGCCUGGACCAUCUGGAUCAAAUAUGAUCUAUUAUCUCGUUGUAGGUGUCACAGUCAGUGCUGGUGGAUAUUAUACUUAUAAGAUGGUCACAUCAGAGCACGCCAAACCCACGGAACAUAUAACAAAUUUGAAAGAAAAAAACAAAGCAGAGUUACAUCCACCGCAAGGUGAAAAAGAGAACGUUUUGGGAGCUGAGAAAGCAGGUUCUGAAGUCCAUGCAGUAUCGUUAGUGGAAGUUCCGGAGGUGGACGCAGAAGACAGUCCGGAUGCUGCAGGUGCAGCCCCAGAGGCCUCGGCCUGUGCAGGUGACACGGAGGCCACUGCGCUUGGGGCCGAGGGUACAAAGGCAGCGCUGGGCCCCGGCCCUGAAAUGCCCCCUGAGGGUCACAGUGCAGCUUCGGAUGAAGCUGUUGCCAGAAGUCACGAUAAAGGGACAGCAGAGGGGGAAAGCUUUGGUGGAAAUGCUGAACUAGAAGAAGAGAAUCCUCCGGUUGAAUCAGAAGCCUGUGCAGGGGAUGAUUUACAGGAGGAAGCCCGCGGUGGUGCUGACGCGGCCCCGGCCCAAGGCUGAUCCCAGGCUGAUUGACACCUCAGCAGAAAAAUGCCAGAGAGGGUCUGAUGGGUGCUUUUGUAGUUUCAGUAACCGUAGCUUCAAAACAGGCUGCUUUUCUAGAACGCUUUAAUGUGCCUUGAAGAUUUUUGGUGUCUACUGACAGAUUUCAGGAUUGAGAGACUUGAGAUUUUGCACAUCUGAAUAGUUUCCUACUGAGAUCAUAUUCGGAGAUCAGAAUAUGCCGUUGGGGUAAAGAGCUUAAGGAAUUCCAUCUUUGCAUUUGAGUUUUAUGUUACAGGAAUCGAGCUAUCCAUAUAAUCUGCAUUCACUUUAAUUUUGCUAUUCCUGUACCUUACUUCAAUGUAUGUUAACUAGAUUCUCGAGUUUUGAUUUGAACUCAUUUAAAUAAAAUUGGAAAAUCUUUA